GUACCCGUCCCGGGACGAGGAUGAGUGAGGCGGGCCGGUCUGCUUUGCAGGGAGGGAUGUGUCCACCAGUGCCUGUCCUGGCCUGGCCCGGCCCAGCCCGCUGUGGCUCCUUGGUGAUUGCCUUUGUUGUGGUAACGGCGGGACUGCAAGGAGCGGCCAUGGAUGAGUUUCAGCAGGCGGAGGAGGUUGCCUUUGUCGUUGACGACAUCAGCACCAUCAUUAAAGAAGCAGUGGAAAACACCAUAGGAGCAAAUGCCUAUCAGCACAAUAAGGUGAACCAGUGGACAUCUUCAGUGGUGGAGCAGUGUCUGAACCAACUUACCAAGUUGGCCAAGCCCUUCAAAUAUAUCGUGACCUGUGUUAUAAUGCAGAAGAAUGGAGCGGGCUUACACACUGCCAGUUCGUGCUUCUGGGACAAUUCCAUGGACGGAAGUUGCACAGUGCGGUGGGAGAACAAGACUAUGUACUGUAUUGUGAGCAUCUUUGGUCUUGGUGUCUAGGGCUGGCUUCACCGACUGCUACAUGUUAUGUGUGAACUACUUCAGUCAUUUUCAGAAUUGUUCUUUGAGCGUCCCAUAGCAGGAUUAAUUGAAUAUUAAGUGCUGAUCUCCAUCAAUAACGCUGUAUUGUAUAACUGUAACUUGGCAACUGUAUAAAGUGGAUGUAACAUGAAUG